AUGCUUACACCACACCAUGGAUAUAGUUUAUACUAUAAUAUUUCAGGAUUGUAUGACGUGGGUAAAUCGACUCUAGUUCACGAAGCGGCAAAGGAAGUCGGUUGUGGAGUGAUUUAUGUCGACGUACCAACUAAUGUUGAAAAAUUUGGGGAUGAAUUUGCCAAAGCUUUAAACAUAUCAUUCGACAAACCUAUCUCAUUAACAUUAGCUCUGCUUAGAAAUAUUUGUGGAAUCCCUCUAAAAUCAGACCUAUUUGAAAACCUAUGGAAGCCUGCUGUUAUUAUAUAUGAUAAUGUCGACCGUCUUGCUCUUAAGAAUCCCAACCUACUUGACGUGCUUCAAGAUGAUGCUGAUGUUUCAGAGUAUAUUCCUUUAUUUGUGACUAGUGAGGGGACUGUUAGGAGGAUGCGAGGAAGAAGUUCAUGGUAUCGGGCAGCUCUAACUUUUGAAAUUGGAGACAUGACAAAGGAUGAAUCAAUGGAUUACCUAGUAAAUAAAAGUGAAAUUCCUUUAAGAGAAGCAGAACAAUUUUAUAACCUUCUUGGUGGCCGAAUUGAACAUCUUACAAUUGCAGUUGACUUGUUUAAGAAUACUCCAUCAUUUGAGGAAGCUGGUAUAAAUCCUGGAGGCCAUUAUCAUAAUAUUGCGAAAAAGAUUGUCAAGAUUUUACUUGAGAAAGGGAAAAUUAAAUAUUUUGAUUAUUAUGCGAUUGUGAAUGAUCGGAAGGUUGCAGACUUUCUACUAGCUACUAACAUAUUUUCGGUUCGUCCUGCGAAACUUGAUAUCAAUUUUAAUUCAAAGUUAAUAGAAUCUAUUAUUCGUGAAAAAAUAGUCAGCUUAUAUUAA